AUGUCGAGAGGUAAACUCUUGGUUUACCUCCUGAGGCGGGACUUGAGAGUGGCUGACAAUCCCAUCUUGCAUCACCUGGCCACCACCUCUGGGCAUGGCUUCACGCAUCUGUUGCCUGUGUAUGUGUUCCCUGCCCAUCAGGUAGAAGUCUCUGGGUUUCUGAAGGAUGGCGAGCCGUCGCCGUAUCCUCCAGCCAAGAGCCAAGUGGGCAAGUUUUGGCGCUGUGGACCCCAUCGAGCCAAAUUCACCGCGGAAGCCGUUUGGAAUUUGAAGAAGAAUCUCGAGGAUUUGGGUAGUGGUCUCGCACUUCGACUCGGAAGCGCCAAGGAUGUCAUUGAUCAUCUCAUCAAGGAACUCAAGGGCACUGUGCCCAGUGUUAAUGCUGUCUGGAUGACAGAGGAGCCUUCUUGGGAAGAGGUGCGGGAACAAGAAUCAAUAUCCGCUCUGUGCUCCGAGCAUGGAAUCGAAUUCAAACUGUGGAAGGAUGAAAAAUACUUUGUCGAUGACCGCGACACAGGCCUGGAAAGCCCAGCAGAUUUACCCGAUGUUUUCACAACCUAUCGAAAGUCUCAAGAGCCUCUCAGAGAAAAGCCCCGCAAAGUUCUACCAAGGCCAGACAAGUCAUCGCUUCCAAUGUUUCCGCAAGAAGGGUCGAUCCCUGCCCAAGCGCAUCCGUUUGUUUCGCCAGCAUCUUUGGAAGAUAUUCAGAAAAGAUUAGCGAAGCCACUCGAGAACAUAAUUGCCGACACUACUAAACGACCCCAAGAUGCCAUCAACGGUCAUCCUUUCACCGGUGGAGAGAGCAGCGCCUGGGAAAGGCUGAAGCAUCUGGUCAAGUCCGGGGCUAUGACGUCGUACAAGGAUACCCGCAAUGGCCUGGUCGGUGUUGACUAUAGCCUGAAGCUGUCCGGCUAUUUAGCCCUGGGCUGUCUCACCGCGAGGCAAAUCCACGAAGAGCUCUUGAAGCUAGAAGAUGGAACCGACGAACAGUACAAGGACGCCGCUGGAUAUGGUGAUGGUGAAAACGACGGAACAAAAGGCAUUCGAUUUGAACUCUUGUGGCGAGAUUACAUGAGGCUCUGCACGGCAAAAUUUGGGCGCAAGCUUUUUAGACUCUCUGGAUUUCGACAAGACAGAAGCUACGAUAAGAAAUGGAAGACUGCGAACGAAGAGGGAGCGGCCCCCGAACAAGAACCAACACCAGCUCGAAUUUCGAAGAUUCUUGAACGAUUUCAAGUCGGCACCACGGGAAUGGGAAUCAUAGACGCUUCCCAGCGCGAGCUGUUUCACACGGGAUAUACAUCGAACCGGGCACGGCAGAACGCAGCUAGCUUUUUCUCAAAGCAUCUUGAAAUCGACUGGAGGUACGGUGCAGAGUGGUAUGAAAUGAUGCUCGUGGACUACGACGUGUCUUCCAACUGGGCCAAUUGGCAGUACGUGGCUGGUAUCGGAAACGAUCCUCGUGGCGACGCUCGCACAUUUAACCCUGUCAAACAGGCUUUCGAUUACGACAAGGAAGGGAUCUACGUUCGUAUGUGGGUGACUGAGUUACAAGGGCUCGAAAAGCUUGAAAACGUCUUUCAGGUGUGUACCACCGAAGCGGCCGAGUUGAAAAGCUGUGGUUUAUCCGACAGUGUUAUGGUCACGGACCCUGUCAAGAAGAUUGAUUUCCACGUGGACCGCAAACCAAGGGCAACCCGACGACUUAACAAACGGCGAGGGCACCCUCGAGGUGGCCGCUGGGGUGGCAAUUACAACAAUCAACAACACAACGGAUCCGGAACAUCGAGCGACGCGGCCGCUGGUGAGUUGGCGGGUGCUCCAGGCGCAGAUGCAGAAGCUAGAGACCAAGCGCGGACAGACGGGACGUCACACAAGCAAUCCGUGGACGUAUCAUGGAGAGAGAACAACGCAGGAGGCCAACCCUCGAAUGCACAGGGGCAAAACGGCCGAGGCUGGAAAGGUGGCGACCAAUCUCGGGGUCGUGGCAACGGCGGUCAGUUCCGGGGUACUUGGCGUCCGUAUGGACAGAGAGGAGGCUUUAGAGGACGAGGCCCAUCCGGGUUCCAGGUGCCUUAUCAACAGUUUCCAAGCGGUGGGCAGUAG